AUGCAAGUUUUUGGUCUUUUUAAAAGCAUUAGAAUUCCGGUAGGAAUUAGAUUUUUCAGUGAUGGAGUUUCUCUACGCAAUACGCAAGAGUGUUUCCCGGGGAAGACUGAUACUAUUCAUCCGUUGAAGAAUAUACUAAUACCAGAGAGGUUAAAAGUUGGUGUGAAUACAGUUUUGGAGGACGAAAUAAUUCGAAAGCUUGAUGAUAUUUCACCCUUUAUGAAAGGCCAAGUUCCAGUUUCGAAAUUUCCCUAUAUUGAGAUGUCAGACAGACGGAGAGUGAGGUAUCUACCAAACGUCGAUGAAAUUAAAGAUCGAAAGGGGAUAAAUGAGUAUAUUGAAAAAUUGACAAUUUAUCGAUACCAAAGUUCAGCUGGAGAUUUCAUUAAUAAAACCCUUCUGAAAAUUGUUCAAUCCGUUCCUGAGUUUUUGACUAAGCAAUCAUUUUUGUUAAUUGUUCUUUACUUUCAUUUCAUGGUCAGAGACGACUUGGCAGGGGAAAUAUUUAAGAUAAUGGAUAAACAUACUGAUGUUAACCAUGAUGUUGAUUUUGAUAAUGCAUUGCUUUCUGUUUCAUUAUACAAUUCAAACUAUAUUCCCCGUUUGAAACGACUUGAGAAGAUGAAAAAUAACAAUACCCUGGCAAAUACCAACACCUGGUACUAUAUCUUUAGGGUUAUGCAUCACAUAUCACCUAAGAUUAAGUUACUAGACAUGAUGAACGCGUUCGGAAUAUCGCAUAAACCUAUACUACCAAGUGCGAUAUUCUGCUUAUCUGAAGUAUGCACCCCAGAGGAAUUAUUAGAAUACUUCGAAAGGUCUGGAAUCAAUGAGAACACAAUGACGCCAUUUCAAUUAAACAAAUUAUUGAGAUGCUAUUUGAAACAUGAAAGAGUGAAUGAGGCAUGGUCUUUAAUUAACACGAAAUUUGAAGUCAACAGAAAAUCCUUAAAUGGUGGAUCUUUUGUCGUUUUUAUCGAUUAUUUUGCCGGUAAAAGAGAAUUAUACAAUUGCAUUGCAUUCAACAAUCUUUUUCCGAAGAGAUUUAAUAUAAAAACCACACAGUUCCUUGCACAUGAAUUUUUGAAUCAAUAUCUUCUUCACAUACCUUAUUUUAGAAACUGGAAUCAUCUUGUACAUAUUAUGGUCUACAUUUUGACGGCUGAAUCCCGAAACCCCACCUUUCUUACUCGUAAGACCAUUGAUAGGUUAACUGCUUAUGCAAAGUUGAAUGGAGAUGAAAAUUUCAAACCUACAGAGUAUAACAAUUCUGAUUUCCUCAUGCGCCACAAACUUUUUAAUAACCUCAGAUGGCCUUCAGAUUCUGUAAAAUCGGAUUUCCUACCUAUCGGAUUGGAUGAUCAAUCAACAUCAUUUAAAGAAGCGGCAUCGAUGGUAGAAAUUGGAUUAAAUAAAUCCAAUAUCAACCCUACAGACAUAUUAGGCAAAAGAUCCUAA